CGGCCUCUCCUGUCCUCUCCUCGUCUUUUCUUUUUACAGAUAAUUGAUUUGAAUUAAAUUGAUGUACCUUUUCCUAAAACACAUCAAAAAAAUCAUCACCAUCAUCGGUUUUUCAAGAUGGCCAGAGCCACCGUCCAACACCUCUCCCCCUAGAAUUUUCUGAUCGAUCCCAUCCACCCUCGAUAGAUAUUCAUAACCCUCCGAUCUUCUCUCUCAUCACAAUGUACCAGUGGAGGAAAUUCGACUUCUUCGAGGAGAAAAACCCUGGCAAAUCCAAUAGGGUGCCGGAGGAGGUGAGCGCUAGAAUCGGUUGCUGCUCAAGCGGCCGAGGCAAGGUGGUCAUCGGCUGCAAUGACGGCACCAUCAGCCUCCUCGAUCGUGGCCUCAAUUUCAAUUACGCCUUCCAGGCUCACUCUUCCUCCGUCCUAUUUCUCCAGCAGCUCAAACAACGCAACUUUCUGGCGUCUGUUGGAGAAGAUGAACAAAUAUCCCCGCAACAGUCAGCUAUCUGCCUUAAAGUUUUUGAUCUCGACAAGAUGCAGCCGGAGGGAUCAAGCACCACGAUUCCUGAUUGUAUUGGUAUAUUGCGAAUAUUCACUAAUCAGUUCCCUGAGGCAAAGAUUACAUCAUUUUUAGUACUAGAGGAAGCACCGCCAAUACUACUGAUAGCUAUUGGCUUAGAUAAUGGUUGCAUUUACUGCAUCAAAGGGGAUAUUGGACGUGAGCGUAUCUCCCGUUUCAAGCUUCAGGUUGAUAACCUCUCAGACAAAAGCCAGUCUUCUAUAACUGGUCUAGGUUUCAGAGUGGAUGGUCAAGCCCUUCAACUGUUUGCUGUAACUCCUGCUUCAGUUAGCUUGUUUAGUCUGCAGGACCAACCACCAAGACGGCAAACUCUAGAUCAGAUUGGAUCGAAUUUCAACAGUGUCACAAUGAGUGACCGCUCGGAGUUGAUAAUUGGUCGACCUGAGGCCGUGUAUUUUUAUGAAAUUGAUGGACGUGGUCCGUGCUGGGCUUUUGAAGGAGAGAAGAAAUUUCUGGGAUGGUUUCGUGGAUACCUCUUAUGCGUUAUUGCGGACCAAAGAAAUGGCAAGAAUACUUUCAAUGUUUAUGACCUGAAGAACCGUUUGAUUGCCCAUAGUAUAGUGGUUAAAGAAGUUACUCACAUGCUUUGUGAAUGGGGUAACAUAAUCCUUAUAAUGUCUGACAAAUCAGCUUUGUGUAUUGGGGAGAAAGAUAUGGAAAGCAAGUUAGAUAUGCUGUUUAAAAAAAACCUAUAUACAGUAGCCAUAAAUCUUGUUCAAAGUCAACAGGCUGAUGCUGCUGCAACUGCAGAGGUGCUAAGAAAGUAUGGGGACCAUUUAUAUAUUAAACAAGACUAUGAUGAAGCUAUGGCCCAGUAUAUCCACACUAUUGGUCAUCUUGAACCUUCGUAUGUCAUACAGAAGUUUUUAGAUGCACAAAGAAUCUACAACCUUACCAACUACUUGGAGAAAUUACAUGAGAAGGGGCUUGCUUCUAAAGAUCACACAACUCUUCUCUUGAAUUGUUACACGAAAUUGAAAGAUGUGGAAAAGCUAAAUAUAUUUAUUAAAAGUGAGGAUGGUGUUGGGGAACAUAAGUUUGAUGUGGAAACUGCAAUAAGGGUUUGCCGUGCUGCCAAUUAUCAUGAGCAUGCAAUGUAUGUCGCAAAGAAGGCAGGGAGGCAUGAAUUGUACUUAAAAAUCUUACUCGAAGAUCUUGGUAGAUAUGACGAAGCCUUGCAAUAUAUUUCAAGCCUUGAACCAAGUCAAGCAGGGGUGACGGUGAAGGAGUAUGGUAAGAUUCUCAUAAAGCACAAGCCAGUGGAGACAAUUGAGAUACUCAUGAGGCUUUGCACAGAGGAUAAAGAAUCAGUUAACCAAGGAGCCUCGAGUGAUGCGUACUUAUCUAUGUUGCCAUCUCCUGUCGAUUUUCUCAACAUUUUCAUCCACCACCCGCAGUCCCUUAUGGAUUUUCUUGAAAGAUAUACCAAUAAGGUGAAAGACUCACCUGCUCAAGUUGAAAUCCACAACACACUCUUGGAGUUGUACUUGUCCAAUGACAUGAACUUUCCAUCAACCUUACAAGCAAACUAUAUUGAGGAUCUUGAUCUUGGAGUAACUGGGAUGUCAAGAGCUGAGUCCAAUGGGAAAUAUGUCGCUGAUCGCAAAGACUCAGCCAAGGAAAAGGACCGUCCGGAAAGGCGGGACAAAGGGCUACGCUUGCUUAAAAGUGCUUGGCCAUCUGAGCUUGAACAUCCGCUAUAUGAUGUUGAUUUAGCUAUUAUUCUAUGUGAAAUGAAUGUAUUCAAUGAAGGGCUGCUGUAUUUAUAUGAAAAGAUGAAACUCUAUAAAGAGGUGAUUGCUUGCUAUAUGCAGGCACAUGAUCAUGAGGGAUUGAUUGGUUGCUGCAAAAGACGGGAUUCAGGUAGAGGAGGGGACCCUUCUCUUUGGGCAGAUCUGCUGAAGUAUUUUGGUGAACUUGGAGAAGAUUGCUCCAAAGAAGUGAAGGAAGUUUUGACCUAUAUCGAAAGGGAUGACAUCUUGCCUCCUAUUGUUGUUCUUCAAAUGCUGUCCAGAAAUCCAUGUCUCACACUCUCUGUCAUCAAGGAUUAUAUUGCUCGAAAGCUUGAACAGGAAUCAAAGCUGAUCGAAGAGGACCGGCGAGCUAUUGAGAAGUAUCAGGAAGACACGUUGGCAAUGAGAAAAGAAGUUCAAGAUCUCAGGACAAAUGCCAGAAUAUUUCAGCUUAGCAAGUGUACUGCUUGUACUUUCACACUUGAUCUCCCUGCUGUACACUUUAUGUGUAUGCACUCAUUCCACCAGCGCUGCCUUGGUGAUAAUGAAAAAGAAUGUCCUGAAUGUGCUCCUGAAUAUAGAUCUGUCCUGGAUACGAAGAGAAGCUUGGAGCAGAAUUCUAAAGACCAGGAUCAAUUCUUCCAGCAAGUGAAGAGUUCAAAGGAUGGGUUUUCGGUAAUUGCUGAGUACUUUGGAAAAGGAAUCAUAAGCAAAACGACUAAUGGACCCAUCAGUGCUCAUAGAUCAGGCAGCAUUUCUUCCAGCAGUGGCCUCUGAGCAUUGUUGCUUGCUUGUUUCUUUGUCUCAAUAUUGGUAACAACAAUUUGUUGCGACAUCCAAGGACUAAGGGCCGAAUUCUUACUAUUAAGCAAUAAUCAUGCAAGAUGGUGAAUCCUGUUAAAUUUUCUUGCUGGGACUGGCAUUAUUCUCUCAUUUGUCUUCAUUUCUGGCAAUAAGGGUUUAAAUCUGUUGAUAUCCAUGGAUGAAACAAAUUUGAAGCAAGAAAAGAGGUAACUUCACGAAAUCUACUAUAUCCUUCAACAGAAAUGCAGACUGAAGUUCAGACCGUUGUUUUUUAAUUUUGUUCAUUUGGUUAUUCAAGCAUGAGUCUUUCUACAUGUAUAAUACUGAAGCGGGAUUCAAGAGCUA